GUCAGAUUGAAAAGAUCGAACUACUACUACACUGUUACUAUUCAAGUCGUCUGCUUUUACCUUCGAUAGAAAUUAAUGUAAAGAUUGAUGGCAAGCGUAGUUCAAUCUAUAUGAAUUCUUCUCAAAACUAGAUUCAGCCAAUUGUUUUACACUUACGUUUUUUUUAUGAAUAAAAAUGUAAUUUCAUUCAGUAGUGACGUAUUGUCGCAAAAUAAAAAUCCCAUUUAUGUAUGAGUUCUGAAAUUUCUUUCUGCUAAUUUCUAUGUAACAGAUAUACGUUGAGUUACUUUAGAUACUUGCAAAAAGUCAGCCCCAUAGAGUUUUAUUUUAUUGAGUUAUUAAUUAGUAGAAUGGCAUAAAAAGGACAAUAGUUUUCACUGCGUGCGUUGCCAUUUACAAAUACUACAAUCUCGAAGAAUAUGUUUGAAAACUAAAUCGUGUAUUUUGUAGAACCUUUUUCACGCUACAAAAUUUAGAUGGAAAGUUUUUCAAAAAGUUGAGUUUAUUCAUUGUUGGUGACAGAAGUUAAUAGGAAUAUAGAAACAAAAAAACUUCUUAUAAUGGAAUAAGAACUUGAAUAACCAAUUCUAAAUAGUAAAAACUCUUGUUCAGGGAUUAAUAUAGGUUAUGGUGUGGAGUCUAUUCCUGAGUCAAGAAAUGCAGACUGCUUCUAAUGGUAAAACUCAGGAAAUAAUGGUAGUAAUUCGGCAGUAAGAAUUCGGUGACCAGUUACAACCAGAAGUAGAAAACUUCGAUCAUUAGAUUUCUGCUUCGAAGUUUGUAACAUUCUCCGAGUUUUCCGACCAGAAAUUCACGUAUCUGAACGUCUGAAUUAUUGAUCUGGAUUCUAAAAUUCUUAGAUUCUUCGUCAUAACGUUAGAGUGUUAUUCACUAAUUACACUGUAAUUAAUUUUAAUUAGGUAUGAGCUUAUAUUUUUACCUAUAUUCAUGGGAAGAGAACUUGUUCAAAAGAAUGAACUCUAAAAAGAAUUGAAGAUGAUCAUGUCCUGUAUUUCCAGAUGUUGUUCGUAUAAUAUAUAUUAAGAAUCAAUAUAAACAAUUUCAUUAUUUUAGAGUCAUCAUAUUCGUGUUGCUGCUUUAACAGCAUUAUGUUCUGUUAUUGAAAAACUUCUUUCAUCUGAUGAAUUAGAUGAUGGACAAAAAAAAAUGAGUGAUGAUCUUUUAAAAAAACUACGUGAACAAGUACAUGAUGAAACACCAUUUCUUCGUCAACAUUAUUUACAAUUAUGGACAUCACUUAUACAACAAAAAAAAUGUCCUGUUAAACAAUAUCUUUCAGUAUUUGAACUCGGACUUCAUCGAUUAAGAGAUAAAGCUUGUGGAGUUCGAAAACAUGCAGUAACACUUAUUAUGCAUAUGGUUCUUAAUAAUCCUUAUUUUGUUAUUGAUUCAACUCGAGCUCAAUUGGAAAAAGGAGAAAAUGAUGCUGAAACAAAAUUAGUUGAACUUCGUCAAGAACUUGAAAAGUUAAAUAAAAAUAAAAAAGAAGAUAAAAAAAUGGAAGAAAAAAAGUCUCAAUCGGAUGAUGAAGAUAGUGGAGCAGAAGAUAAAACUGUUGAUGAAGAUGAUGAAAUGAAUGUCGAUAAUAAUCAAGUAAAUAUUUAA